ACCGCUGUUGUGCCACAAUAUUUUUUUUGUUGUAUUUCAUAAUAAUUUUGAUAUAGUAUUUAGUUCGCUGUGCUAAAUUAGCCUUAAGCUGUAUUAAAUAACAAUGCAAACGACUCGCAAUUUAUGCAAUCUGACCCGCUACAUCCUGCGGCGCACAGUUGCGACAACUGCUAAUGACACAACGGGCUCCGCUGGCGGCGGCGCCGGUGGCUCGGAGCAGACAACACAUUUUGGCUACCAGACGGUCAAGGAGAGCGAAAAGGAGCGCAAGGUACACGAGGUGUUUCAGCAGGUGGCCCAGUCGUACGAUCUGAUGAACGAUGCCAUGUCCAUGGGCAUCCAUCGUGUGUGGAAGGACAUUUUUGUGGAGCGCCUGGGACCGGAGCAUGGUAUGCGUCUGCUGGACAUGGCCGGCGGCACGGGCGACAUCAGUUUUCGCUAUCUGAAAUACUUGGCCAAGAUGCCAAAUCCAAAGCAGCGGGAAAGUCAUGUAACUGUCUCCGACAUCAAUCAGCACAUGUUGAAUGUGGGCGAGGAGCGUGCCCGCCAGCUGGGCCUGACCGCUGAUCGGCUGCCCAAUGCCAGCAUUGCUUGGCAGUGUGCCGACGCCGAGAAGCUGCCAUUCAAGAGCGACACCUACACUGCCUACACGAUUGCCUUUGGCAUACGCAACUGCACGCACGUGGACAAGGUGCUCAGCGAAGCCUAUCGCGUGCUGCAGCCUGGCGGGCGAUUCAUGUGCCUGGAGUUCAGCCACCUGACCAAUGAGACAAUGCAGUGGCUCUACGACCAAUACUCCUUCCAGGUGAUACCGCCCAUGGGCCAGCUGCUGGCUGGGCAGUGGCAUGCGUAUCAAUACCUCGUGGAGAGCAUACGGCGCUUUCCUCGCCAAGAUGAGUUCAAGAGCAUGAUCGAGCGGGCUGGCUUCUCCCACGUCUCCUACGAGAAUCUAACCUUCGGCGUCGUUAGCAUCCACUCGGGCUUCAAGCUGUAGGAAACUGUUGUUGCUCGCUGCUCGCUGCCCGCUCUCUACGCUCGGGCAUGCCAAACACGUUCUCCACGCGCUUAUUUUUAUGGUUUCCUUAAAUAAUAA